GAUCCUUAACCCACGGAGGGAGGCCAGGGAUGGAACCCGCAUCCUCAUGGAUACUAGUCGGGUUCGUAAUCCCCUGAGCCAUAAGGGGAACUCGUAUAUCUUCAAGCUGGGUUGGGGGCGAUAGGAGAGGGGACAGGAGAGUCCUUCCGUGAGGAGGGAACAUGGCCGGCCACCUGCUGAGUAUUUAGAAAUAGUGCAGGAUCUGUGGGUGGGUGGAGUGCGGUGGUUUGGCCACUCCUCCCCUGUGCACAUGAACUUGUGGCUUCUGCAAAAGGAGAACUGCAGUGAGAAAGACAAGAAGGGGUUUGUGUCGCAAAGGAAACUCUAGAGUGAGGAAGGGAAGUGGGGACGCCAGAGCAGGCGACAUCGCAGAGUAAACCAGGAAGGCUGGAAAUGCCUCCAUGUGCAAACCAACACUCCCCCCCACCCCCAACCUCAGUGUUGAUCCAGGGGGUGUGCACCGUAGCCCCCUGUUCCCCCGCGGCUCUGGACGCCAGCUUGCUGUGCUCGGCGCCUCUGGGUGCAGCGCCCCAGUCCCUCUGUGGAUGGUUAGUGGCACAGGGCACACUGCUUGGGGAUGGGUGAGUUUUAGCCCCUUUUCCUGGCCCGGUGCCCCGGGCAGAGCACGACCCCAGGCCUGUGUGGUGACCCUUCCUCCUGGUGCCGCCUUUAGUUGUAUCUGCUCUUCUGGGAAAAAUCCUUCCAUUGGUUCAGUCUAAUCUGUCGUCUCUGAAAGAAAAGAGAGGUGAGACUUCCGCUUAGCUGGGUCUAGAGACUCGGCCAGAGGGGAUUUUUAAAAUUUUUUUCCCUUCAUCAUCCCAAGGAUAGCACAUGGUUCCUGGAAUUCCAGCAUUUUCUGGAAAAGAACCCUUUUGCUUCAUCAGCACGUUUCCUUCUAGCCCUGGGGACGGUCAGCCCCCACGGCUUUCUCGCUGGCAUCACUUACAUUUUGAACCCUUUGCUUGCUUUCCGAACAUAAAGCGCAUUUUUAAAGUGCUCCCCGUGUUAGUUUUGUGCUCCGCAGGGUCUUUGUUUGGUUUGGCUUUGCUCAGUGUGGGAGCCUAGUUUGUAGGUAGCGUUGAAGAUGAGCGCAGGCUUCUGUGCAUUGUUCCCCGGGAAGGAUGGAAAUUCUUCCAGUUCCACUGUUUGUCCUUCCAGGGGCUCUAGUUCGCAGAUGGAAAUCCUGGAAGAGCCUCUUAGGAAGGGACGCUGGUAAAUGAUCCUUGUGCUGGUUUGGAUCAUUAUGGAUUAACAAAUUGCACAAGUCGUCUCGAACCUUCUAAAAUAUGCUUGAAGGAGAACACAGUCGGGGUGACGAAUCUGUCCUGGAAAUAACAAGAGGAAACACGUGGUGGCCCUUCCACGAGCCUGGCACCGCAUCAGCCCGCGCGCGCCUCACACCAGCCCAUUCUGUCCCUGAGGUUGGCCAAAGCCCGGGUCCCUGGUCCCCUCCGGGGGCAGCCCAGGAACCCGCGGCCGCAGGGCUGGAAGUGACAGAGCUGGGAUUGGAACCCAGGCAGUCCCGGCUUCAGAAUCUGUGCUUUUGAGGAUCGCUUUGUGCCCUCUGGUGCUCUUCCCACGGCAAGGAUCGCAAAGAGGCCUUAGAAACUUCUCUUACUUUCCACGUCACCUCAGCUUUAAGCUCGGGGUCAGAGGUUGAUGAAAACAACAACAGAAAAGGAUCCUGCUCCUGUGUUAACCUCCUCCUCAAACCAGAUGAACAAAACUGUCAGGACACAGCUUCCUUCCAGACACCGAGAGCUGAAGCAUCGCCAGAACACUGUCCUAAAACACUGGGCUGAUCCCUCCAGGAGCUGCCCCGGGGCCUGGCUGCGGGGUGCCCUCCCUCUCGGCACCCUCUCCUUUUUGAGAGCACGAAAAGCAUCUCGCCUUUUCCUUGCCCAGCUAGUGGAUUUGGUGAGCUUUUGAAAGUAUGCUAUACAUGACUUCGCCUGCUUGCUAAAGGACAGUGGGAGGUUCCAGGACUUGGGCCUGGUCCUGGCACUCUUGGCUACUGGCUGUGUGACCUUGGACUUUCAAGACUUGUGUUUAUUUCAGCCCAUGGCAGUGGUGGAGGGGCUCAUACUGGCAGGAGGGACUGGUUUGGUGAGGUUAAGAAGAAGCUCUUACAUAUGCUGCUGGACUGAUGUUAUAUUGACUGCAGUGGCUCUGUGUGUGUGUGUGUGAGGCGGGACCAGCGCGUCCCUUGUGAGUUUGGGGCAUCUCUCCCGUGGGUAAGUGGUGAGCUGAGCUGGAUGCUUGGGAGUGGCUGGGAAGGUGAGUGUUGAGCUGAGCUUCUCUCCUUUUCUGCAUUGCAGUGUGGACCGUAAAGUGGCUGUCGACUCAGUUUCUGGCCCAAACUCCUUUCCCUUGGUUUUCCCCCCUCCUACUUUGGGCUCGCCUCCAGUUUGCCUACAAAGUGCUGUUUGUUGUGAGGCUGAAGCGGGCAAUUCUCUGGGCAGCGACACUGUGGCUGCAGGCAGUUACUGUAGUUCCGAGCAGAAAGCCAGGCUGGAGUAGGAGGGACAGACAGGGCUUGUUCCUUAGAAUUUUGUACAGUGAUUUUUGAAGGAAAGAAAGGGGAUUAAGAGAUGACUUCUCAAUAGAAAUAUUAUGAAAUGCCCUUCAUAACAGAACCGAGUUGGGCCAGGAGAAAGGGCCUUAAGAAGUCAAUGCUUCUGACUCUGAAAGCAAAUGCUUUUUUUCCUAAGUAGAAGCAAAUGCUUUUGGAGUUCCUGCGGCGUCUGCAAUGCAUUCCAGGAGGACAGGAAACAAAAGUUAAUACUAAAUAGUCGUCCCUGCAGCUGCCAUUUCGGUGCAUUUUAGGUGGUCUGCAGUGGGCCCAGACGCUUUCCGUGUUUUAUCCCCCAAUCGGCCAUCAAGGUCGGGUUCCUAUUUUGUGUGUCCAUUUCAAAGAUUAUAAAAUCGAGGCUACAAGUGUCUCAACCUGCCAGGGGUUACAGUGCUAGUAAGUAAUUGGAAAAGCUAAACUUUUUUUCUUGGCCAUGCCUGUGCAAGUUCCCAGGUCAGGGAUUGAACCCGAGCUCAGGCAGUCACCCAAGCCGCUGCAGUGACAAUGCCAGAUCUUUCACGUGCUGUGCCACAAAAGAAUUCCUGGAAGGGCUAAACGUCGGAGUCUGUCUCUCAUCCGCAGACUGAGGAUAAGUAAGAUAACACCCCUGCUUUGGGGGGCAAACCGGCCUGUAAGCAGUUUGGUAUAAUGGGGCGCAGCAUGCAGUAUGUGCUGUGAUGGUUGCAGGAGUGCUUUUUUUUGGGGGGGGGGAGCAGGUCUCAGGGAAAAGAUCAGAGAAGGUUUCACAGAGAAAGCUUGAGCAGCCCAGCCUUGAAGGAUGAGAAAGCUAGUGACUGGUAGCAAAAGGGGUGGGAGCGCAGCCAGAGACACACAGGAAGCACGUGGCGGCUCUGCGGGCCGUUGCCGUGCCAGGGUGAGGGUGCCAAGGGGGGGCAGACAAGGAGGUUGGGACAGAUCACAGACGGCCUCGCGUGUCCUGCUGAGGAACUUGGACUUGGUUCCAUUUGCCUUUGAAGGUUGUUCCAUUCCCGGUUCUGGAGGAGAGCAGUCUCCCGUCCCUGCUGUCACCGAUUCUGGUGAUGGAGAUACGAGAUCAAGGACUAGGUCUGCGGCAAAGGUUCCGCAGCCAGGCUGCAGCGACGGUCCCUUGGGCGUUUCCAGACGCCCAGAACCUGGGAAGAGGCCACCCCACCGGCAGCCCCCGGGCAAGACUCAGUGCUGAAAGGCCUGUGGCUGCUCCUCAGUGACAUCAGAUAAGGCCACAGGCCGGUGGCCUCUUGAGGCUACGUUUGAGUUGGUUGUGUGGAUGGUUUUUAAACCGUAGGAGGGGCCCGUGAUCAAACGUCUGUCUGUUCAGGUCUCAGCGUUUGCGUGCUCCUCUGCGAAGAUAUUACAUCGUCUCGGAGCGUCAUCAUGUUCACGUGCAUUUUCCCACUCGUACCCAGGACAGAGCAGGGCUCUAAUCUUUAUGCCUCUGUGCUCGGCUCCCUCCCCACCCCCGCUUUUUGGUGGCAUUUGUCCUGAAGGGAAUGGAGCAGGCGUCAGAGCGGAGCCCUGCGGUCCAGGGCCUGGGCCGUGGUGGCGACAGAGCCGAGAGUUCCGUUCCUCAGUCUCUUAGGAGCUGAACGAAGUUGUGCUCCCUGGUACCUUUCCUGGGACCCGGUGUGAAGUUAGGCCUUUUUUUUUUUCUUUUUUUUCCCCCCAAAUGUCACACACUUCUCAUAUUCCCAUGUCUCGCGUGCUCCAUCAACGAGCGACUUUCAAAGUAUCAUUUUUGCUGGGAAGGCAAACGGUUCUACCAAGGGAGAAGCGAUUUCUCAACCUUUAAAAAAAUUAGACGUUAUAGUUAUGCUUAAAAAAAUAACGUCAGUCCAAGUUGGAGCUCUCGUCUCUCCUCCUUCUGCGCUGUUACCCUGCCGUGUGUUUGCAAAAACCAUUCUCACGACCUUCUGCCGGGGCGACGUGUGGGUGACGUGUGUGACACCACUGACUUUCGCAUCUGAGCUCUCACUUCAGCCUUGGGGCCCCGUGGUUUCUUUCUGAGUUUUGCAAACACAGUCUUCUUGUGGAAGGAAUGCCCUUUCCUGUGGAACUUCACCCAGGGCGUGUGGAAUCACAGGAUCAUGCGUUUGGAGGUUCAGACCGAGGGCCCUGAAAUCUCCAACACGCCCAGUUUGCGGGCGCUUUGCUUUACUUAGUUCAGUCCUGGCUUUGCAGGUCCGGAGGGGGUUACUACCCAGCGGGCGUCCUCAGCCCCUCCCUGAAAAUUAAAGGGAGCCCCUUAUGAAACCAAACUUGCCGCCUUUCUUUGCCUCUCUGUUAACGUAACCGAGUCUGUUGGCUUGGCCUCGGUGGCCCUUUGCACAUCUUCCCCGAUGUGUGUUGCAGGCACAUUUGAUUUUAACAGUGUCAACGAUUUCUAAGUUACUUUGGAAGCCAGAUGGAUCCCUGUCCCUUGUGGUUCUUUUCUUCGUCAGGGAGCGGAUGUAUCCAGGGUUUCUCUUCCCAGCCUGCUCCCCCCCGCCCCGUGUGUUCUUGCAGGGCCCCAAGUUGUGGUUGAUUUGCGAUCCUGACUGUAUCGGACACUGCAUCAAAGGCUUCCUCACGAUCAAAGCAGGCCAGGUUCACGGCAUGCCCUUCUCUCUUCUCUCGCUCAUUCAUUGGUGCCGGAGCCAGGCAGUCCUGGAGCCUUGCAGUCCAGGGUUCGGGUCAAGGAAUGUUUACCCUUGCGGAAGUUGCUUCACUUAAUGACAUUCAGCCAACGUACCGAAUCCUGAAGCCAUGGUGGGACGUGUUCAUGGAUUACCUGGCUGUCGUGAUGCUGAUGGUGGCCAUCUUUGCAGGAACCAUGCAACUCACCAAAGAUCAGGUGGUCUGCUUGCCAGUGUUACCAUCUCCUGUGAGUUCAAAGGCGCACACGUCACCCGGGAACACCGACGUCACCACCAGCGUCCCGCCGAUGGAACCCACCACAGACCAAGACCAAGACGUGCAGACGACACACGAGAUUUCCUUCGGCACGUCCGCUGUGACACCUGACAUACCUCUCAGAUCCACACCCCCUCACACAGACUCCCCGGGUCCGGGCCAGGAGGCCAAGAAAGAGAAGAAAGACCCAACAGGCCGGAAAACAAACUUGGAUUUCCAGCAGUAUGUAUUUAUCAACCAGAUGUGCUACCACCUGGCCCUGCCGUGGUACUCCAAGUACUUCCCAUACCUGGCCCUCAUACACACCAUCAUUCUCAUGGUCAGCAGCAACUUCUGGUUCAAGUAUCCCAAGACGUGCUCGAAGGUGGAACACUUUGUUUCCAUCUUAGGGAAGUGCUUCGAGUCUCCCUGGACGACCAAGGCGCUGUCCGAGACGGCGUGCGAGGACUCGGAGGAGAACAAGCAGAGGAUGACGGGCGCCCAGGCGCUGCCGAAGCACGUGUCCACCAGCAGCGACGAGGGCAGCCCCAGCGCCAGCACCCCGAUGAUCAACAAGACCGGCUUCAAGUUCUCGGCCGAGAAGCCCGUGAUCGAAGUCCCCAGCAUGACCAUCCUGGACAAAAAGGACGGGGAACAGGCCAAAGCCCUGUUUGAGAAAGUGAGGAAGUUCCGGGCGCACGUGGAGGACAGCGACCUGAUCUACAAACUCUACGUGGUCCAGACGGUCAUCAAGACGGCCAAGUUCAUCUUCAUCCUCUGCUACACGGCCAACUUCGUCAACGCCAUCAGCUUCGAGCACGUGUGCAAGCCCAAGGUGGAGCACCUGACCGGGUACGAGGUGUUCGAGUGCACACACAACAUGGCCUACAUGCUGAAAAAGCUGCUCAUCAGCUACAUAUCCAUCAUCUGCGUCUACGGUUUCAUCUGCCUCUACACUCUCUUCUGGCUCUUCCGGAUACCCCUGAAGGAGUAUUCGUUUGAAAAGGUCCGAGAGGAGAGCAGUUUCAGCGACAUUCCGGACGUCAAAAACGACUUCGCCUUCCUGCUGCACAUGGUCGACCAGUACGACCAGCUCUAUUCCAAGCGGUUCGGUGUGUUCCUGUCGGAAGUCAGUGAAAAUAAACUGAGGGAAAUCAGUUUGAACCACGAGUGGACAUUUGAGAAACUGCGGCAGCACGUGUCCCGCAACGCCCAGGACAAGCAGGAGCUGCACCUCUUCAUGCUGUCGGGCGUGCCCGAUGCGGUCUUUGACCUCACGGACCUGGACGUGCUGAGGCUCGAGCUGAUCCCCGAAGCGAAGAUUCCCGCCAAGAUCUCGCAGAUGACCAACCUCCAAGAGCUGCACCUCUGCCACUGCCCCGCCAAAGUGGAGCAGACCGCGUUCAGCUUCCUCCGCGAUCACUUGAGGUGCCUUCACGUGAAGUUCACCGACGUGGCGGAGAUCCCCGCCUGGGUGUACCUGCUCAAAAACCUGCGCGAGCUCUACCUGGUAGGCAACCUGAACUCGGAAAACAACAAGAUGAUCGGACUGGAGUCUCUGCGGGAGUUGCGGCACCUGAGGGUGCUCCAGGUGAAGAGCAAUUUGACCAAAGUCCCCUCCAACAUCACCGACGUGGCCCCGCAUCUCACCAAGUUAGUCAUUCACAAUGACGGCACCAAACUCCUGGUACUGAACAGCCUUAAGAAAAUGAUGAAUGUCGCCGAGCUGGAGCUCCAGAACUGUGAGCUCGAGAGAAUCCCACACGCUAUUUUCAGCCUCUCCAACUUGCAGGAACUAGACCUAAAGUCCAAUAACAUCCGCACCAUCGAAGAAAUCAUCAGUUUCCAGCACUUGAAGCGACUGACGUGUUUAAAACUGUGGCAUAACAAAAUCGUGACCAUCCCGCCCUCCAUCACCCACGUCAAAAACCUGGAGUCCCUUUACUUCUCUAACAACAAGCUGGAGUCGCUGCCGGUGGCAGUGUUCAGUUUACAGAAGCUCCGAUGCUUGGAUGUCAGCUAUAACAGCAUUUCCACGAUCCCGCUCGAAAUAGGAUUGCUUCAGAACCUGCAGCAUUUGCAUCUCACGGGCAACAAAGUGGAGACUCUGCCCAAACAGUUGUUUAAAUGCGGCAAGUUGAGGACCUUGAACCUGGGGCAGAACUGCCUCACCUCCCUCCCAGACCAGGUCGGUCAGCUCUCCCAGCUCACUCAGCUGGAGCUGAAGGGGAACUGCUUGGACCGCCUGCCAGCCCAGCUGGGCCAGUGUCGCCUGCUCAAGAAAGGCGGCCUGGUGGUGGAAGGUCACCUUUUUGACACCCUGCCGCUCGAAGUCAAAGAAGCGUUGAAUCAAGACAUAAACAUUCCCUUCGCAAACGGCAUUUAAACUGAGACAACACGUGCACAUCCGUGUGCAGAAAUAACUCCCUAGACUGCAGAUGUUCCCGUUAUUGCAAGAUCAUGCAUUUUAGGAGUAGAUACAUCUUGAAAAUACAACACAGAGAGGAUGCAUAGAAGGCUGAUAGAAGACAUAACUGAAUGUUCCAUGUUUGUAGUGUUUUAAGUCGUUCACUUCCAAAUCUUUUCUCUCGCUCUCUCUCUCUUUUUUUUUUUUUUUUUUUUUUUUUUUGUUUCCUUUUGGGGAAAGGGAAGGAAAAAUUAGAAUCACUAAUCUUGGUUUCUUUUUAAAUUGUUUGUAACUUGGAUGCUGCCGCUACUGAAUGUUUACAAAUUGCUUGCCUGCUAAAGUAAAUGAUUAAAUUGACAUUUUCUUACGAUACCACCUUUUUUUUUUUUUUUUUUUUUGGAAGUGUCUUGAUUGACUUUGCUUAAUUGGUGCAAUACUGCUUGAACUCAGACCGCUAAAGGCACAUCAGGUCCAAUCUUGUAAAUUUAGAUUUGCUGAAAUAUUGAUUUAUUUUUUGUUUUAAUUUAAAGCACCUCAAAUAAGCACUUCUUAUGAUAUUUAACUGGUGCUACUGCUUCUGAGAACCCCGUGUUAUGGAUUUUACACUCUCGAAGGCCUGGAAUGCAGUAAAGGUGUGUAGAUCACUGAGGGAGUCUUGUUUGUUUGUUUGUUUUUUUAAGAAUAAAUAAGAAAAAAAAUAAAAGAACGCUCUCCUUACAAACAGCUGUUUUUCCAUAGUCUGGAGUUCUGGUUAUGUGAUGCAUUUUUCUGUCAAUACUAUAGCGUUGCCAAUAAAUAGAAAAUGUUAUUUUAAAAUAAAUUUAAUUACAACCAAAAUAAAAAUUUUAAUGGCUUCAUGGUGACCAUCCUUCCAAUAUAUCACCAUUUGGAAGAUACCACGAAUUCAAAGCAGGUAUCGUUCAGUUACUUGCCCUUUUCACUGUCGUGGGGGAAGGAAGGCUCUGUAGUUCACUGCCUUGGAAGACCGACUCUCUGCGUGCGUUUCCGUGACAGGACGUACUUCCUGUGCUUGCCUGCGCUGGGAGGGGUUUGUCCAGGAAAAUGCUGGCAGAGUGUAUUUUUUGGACGAUGAUUUUUCCUUCUUUCUUUAACUGACGGAGUGUCUAAAUCCAUCUCAGAAAAUCGAAAAUUCCCUGCCACCUGUUGGGGUGUUGGUUGGCAGGUGCGAAAUAGGCCUUUCGUCAGGGGUGUUUUUCCAAGAGGAGAGAACGUUUUGGCACCUGCAUGAAAAAGGAGUGUCUUCUCCAUACACGAGUGGACUUACGUAAUGAAACACUGGAUAAUCCCCUGUCCUACCUUAGCGUGGCUUGAAGGAUUUUGCAGAGAACACAAAAAGAUUGCUUUUCUUCCCCAAAAUUGAUCUCUGGGGCUCCUGGCCUGUCGCAAGUGGUGGCGAAUCUUUGCCUGCCGCACAGCUUCUGAAUCCCUUGAGAGGUGUUACCGCUAAUGGGAAAGGCUGCGGCCACCGCGGCUGACCCAGCAACUGACCUCAGCUGCAGCACCCUGGCUACUCCCCUCUCCUCCUACAAGACCUGAGCUAGGAGACGAGCUUAGAAAGGCCCAAGUUUAGAAAAGCUGGAGGACAGUGGCACAGUUUUGGUGUAAGCGUCUCUCCUGCGUACGCAUCUCUCACUUCCUUUGGCUUUGGCUGAUGUGUUCACUGGUGUUGACUUCAUGCACCUGCUUUGCACCUCUCCAGUUCAAGGAACUGGGGAUUCACUGUCGGAAUAAGUCACAGCCCUUGGCUCUGUGGAGGGUUAUAACAGCAUGGGAGAGCAUAUCAAUUAGGCAGAUAAUACAAAUGAUUGAUUAUAAUUAGAAUAAAAAAGUAUACAGAAUCUGGGCAUGAAUAACGGCUUGGGGGGGGCAGUCGGUUAAAGAAGAGCUUCAGGGGGCAGCACUACCUAUAAACACUCCUAGACCUUUCCUUCCACCAGCCACACAGGGCACGGCUCUUGCUGCAUCGUGAUGCCAUGCCCAGAGACUGGUACAGUGUUUUAGAAGGAUGCCACACUGCCUUGCUGGUGAGAUCCACAGGCCAGAUCUUAGGAUCCUUGCUUGAUGGACUAGGAAGCCUGUCUUCUUUAAAACAAGUGCAUGCUGCUUUUGAAGGCACAGUGGCCGCACUCACAACCUACUGGAGCCAGGGUCUGACCAUCCCACCACUUGACCACUGGCAGCUGCCCUUAGGCACCUGUUUCCUUAUCAAUGCUUGGGGUUCCGUCGCUUAGAACUGAUUGGUAUUGCAUGCCUUCAGACUGUAUCGAGGGGUUUCUCUGGUCUUACCUAAACUUCUCUUGACGUUAUCAACCCUUAAGGAUUUCCUUGAACUCUGAAGAGGUCACGGUCCAUUGAUUUAAAUGCCACAUUCCUUGCCACUGUUUGCAAAUAGCCAUAUUUUAAAAGAGGCUCUCUGAGGAAUGCUGAUCCAUCUAACCGACUUUAAAUAUACAGGGUCUUAGAGCCUCAGUAAAACAGCAGAUGAGAUUAUAGGCCCAAGUAUACCGUCAACCCAUAUGUCUUCACAAAUUUAUGUUGGCACCACAUGUUCUAGACGUGGGGAAAACACAACGUUAAAAUGCAUAAGUUUGGCUUCCCAGUAUUUUCAUAGCUUUUUCUAAAGUCCCUUGAGCACCAUACGAAGAAAAUUAUUCUAAAGUAGCUUUCAAUGUUCCAUGUCUUUGUGAGUCCCGGAGGCUGAGAGGAUCUGGCUGGUGUUUGGCUGUUCGACUUUUUUUUCUACCCGUGUGCGGUUUGGCUCAGCCGAGAGGGUUUGGCUUUUCGGGGUCAGAAGGAUGAGCUGAGAUGGUUACUGGUACCCCGUUCUCAGUCGUGCAGCUGUAGCAAUCUCAUGGUAGGUAGAAAGAGUUCGUUCUCUCUAAGUCCUGGUCAGAAGUCCUGAUCGUUAGAAAGUUUCACACACAAAGGAAGAAGGCUUCCAUUUUAUUAUUAGUAUGGCUCGUAUGGUCUCUGAACGCCUGCCCUGGGCCUGACUUCAGCCAGCAGCUAAGCUCUGAGUUGCUGAUGGAGCAAACUGCAGGGUGCCCUUGAGACCAGCGCCCACUGGCUGUCCAUUCACCUGCUGAAUAGAAGCCAGAGGGCUGUCCGCCCGCUGAGACCUCUGGCAGCACUUGCGUCAGUCAUUCAUUCCCAUAAAAUGGUCCCUUUAUCAGCUGAAUCCCCAAACAAGGGCUGUACUGACAAAAAGCCCCUUUGAUGAAAAGAAGGGGGAAAAGGAAAAAAAACCUGGACACCAGUUUUCAAAUGUCCUCUAACUUGUGACUGUGACACAAAGAAGUGGCCUUGUCUGGUCCUGGCCAGUUGUGGCUCUCCUGGAACAAAGGGACCAGGUACUCAGUGUGGUGUCUGCUCUGGGGGGGGCGGUGGGAGGAGACUGGAGCCACGAGCCAGCCGCCCCUCGAAUCUGGCCUGGGAGACGGUUGUGCAGCCAACAGCAGGGAUAUAGGCCUCUAAUGAGCCCAGCUUCAACCUCCAAAGAAGACUAGCAACCCUGUCUUCAUCCCCCUUGAUACGGUCUGAAGGCAUGCAAUACCAAUCAGUUCUAAGCGACUGAACCCCAACCUCUGGAAAUGCAAUGCCUAAAUGGUCGCAGGUGGGUGACAGCUUUUGCUCCUGGAAAUGCCUGGUUGGCCCUGCAGGGGUUUGUCUCUGACCCACCACCCUCCCGCGGCUGCGGGCCCCCGACACGGGAAGCUGUCUCUGUGACCACUGCUGUCUUACCUCCAAGACGUGGAGCUCUGGAGGGAGAGCGCCUGGAUCUGAAUCCUGCCUUGACCUCAGCCGCGUGGCCGUGCCAGGCAGCUUAACCUCACGAAGCCUCCACGUCUUUACCUAUCAAUGGGGAUAAUCGGAUACCCCUCCCAAUGGCAGGGUGUGUUUCGUGUGUGUGUGUGUGUGAUUCAUUGAAGGGGCUGUGCCUGCCGGAGAGUAAGUUCUCAGUAACAUUCUGCUAUUUUUAUUCUGUCCCCAGCUGUGGCGGAGACGGUCAGCAGCCUCCCCAAAUGUUCAUUCUCCCCUCCUUGGUCAUGGGAUCUUCAGGGGACACCGGGGAGCGCCAAAAAAAAUGUGUAUGAAGGAAAACAUCCCCCAGCCUUGGGGCUCGAUGGGGCCGAGGGACACCGAUCACAACGUGAUGCGAAUGGAAGAGCGGAAUGCAGCUUUGGGGUCGGGCCCUUAAGGAGAAGGGCCUGUGCCGGCAGCUUCCCCCAGCCGGCUGGCUACACUGCGGGCGUGGAACGAGGCCAGCCAAGGCCGUGCAGCCCAGGACAGCAAACCAGGCGAGGCCUUGCAACCGGGCAGAAGAAGCCUGGGCCCUGCGGCCUCAAGGAGGAGGUUGGGUAAAGAAGGAAUAAACUGUGUUUCGCCUAAGCCUCUGUGGAUGGGGGCUCUGAUCCGUGCAGCCAACCUAAGACCUACUGAAUCAAAAUUCACAUUUUAACAGGAUGGGGUCCAGGUACUUGCAGGCACGUGCAAAUGUGAGAAGCGUUUUCCAAAAUAACACACCUGUCGAGCAAGUCCGCUGGUCCCCUUCAGGAGCUGGGGAGGGGCUGGCGCUGGUGACCAGUGUGCCUGUCACCACUGUCUUCUGCCUCUUGCUGGGCUAGUUGGGGAGGAGUUGGGGUGGUGCUGGUGCUACGGUUUCCACCAACUUCCAUGCCCCCUUUGCUCCUGCUGGCAGCCGUGCCCCUCGAUCACCACGGCGGCCACGGGACGGCAGGGUGAGCGUCGACUGCCUGUGAUUAUAAUUCGUUAUAGUCGUUCUCCCAGGAGCCUGAGGUUUGGGAGGUCCUUCCCCUGCUCUAAAGACGUACGCACCCAUGCCAGCCUGUGGGCAGGCUUCACAAGGCCAGGGACCCAAACCAACCCAUCGCAGUGCUGGGCCUUCAGACCCGGUCUGGGUUGGCUGCUUGACGUUCACUCAACCAUGGGCUAAGCUGCUCCUGUGGAGCCUUUUCCAAAUUUCCCUGGGCAACUGCCAAAUGGCCUGCCAUGAGACCUGGCUGGAAUAGUUGCGGGGGGAGACCCGGCCAAAGGAAUCACCCAGGUGUUAAGCCAAACUGUGUAGAUGCUGUAGAGACAUAGAUUUUUCACUUUGCUGCUGGAAAAUGAUCAGUCGUAGCCACAGGCAAGGAAGUUCUGCCUGGAUGAGAAUCUCUUGAAGACAUUGUCUCCAAGAGUUUCACUCAGAUCUUUCCUGCAGCUUCGGCCUCCUGGCUCCUUAUCUGGCUCUGCUUGUGCCGUAAACAGCUGGUCACCGCCCAGAGGACAACCAACCACUCCAGCUUCUGGAAGAUGGUGGUUAAACCACCCGUCUUCUCUUCCCCAGGAUGUUGUGAAGAUUUUGCAGCAUGGGGCCGAGAGCUCCCUAGAGGUUAACGGUGUCUAAAUGCAGUUUGCUAUUAAUUUAUCAUCAUGGUAGGCAGAAAAUUCACUUGAAGACAGCAUUUUCUGAAGUUCCCAUCAUGGCUCAGUGGUUAACGAAUCUGACUAGGAACCAUGAGGUUGUGGGUUUGAUCCCUGGCCUUGCUCCGUGGGUUAAGGAUCCGGUGUUGCUGUGGCUCUGGCGGCUACAGCUCUGAUUAGACCCCUAGCCUGGGAACCUCCGUAUGCCACGGGAGCGGCCCUAGAAAAGGCAAAAAAAGACACACACACACAAAAGAUAGCAUUUUCUUCUCUACCCUAAGAAGUAGCUGAUGCAUAGCCAAGCCUACACCUUCCACUUAUCAAUUCUAAGCAACUGCUUUUCUUUAGGGGAUGGUAUGGCGCAUGUUUCCAUUUCUGGAGGUGGAAGAAGACAUUAGGAACGGGGUUGGACCACGUAAGUAGCAAUAAUAACAUGCUAUGCUCUCAGGUAAUUGUCCUCAACCCCAUCUCACAGACGAGAAACAGAAGCACACCCGUGGUAACCACGUGAUGUGCUGGGGCUCACGUGGCACAGCAGACCUGGGAGGUGCGAUUAUUUAGAGAUGAAGGAACUGCGAAGUCAGGCAGCCUGCCCAAGGUCACCAGGCCAGCAGGUGACAGGGACACUGCUAAAUCAAACCCUGCAUAGCUGAUCUCCUGUAAUCCUCCCAAGACCACUAAGAGAAAGGCAUUCUCCCCACUGAAGAGAUGAAGGACUGAAUCGGAGAAGCCCAGCGCAUCCAGUUCCCCACCGUGGUCACCGUAGAGCAUCAUGUGUGGCGGGCGAGAAUCAGAUGCGUGUGGUCCGUGGAGAGAAAGAACCCAGGCUCACGUGGAAGAAACUGCUUAGGAGAAAAGAGGGAGAAAGUUGAGGAGAUGAACGUUCCCAGCCCGCUAGCAUCUCUACUUCCACACACUGCCCCCAGCUCCAGACUGAAUUGCCUGUGUAUGAUGGAGCCUGGUGACAGCAGUUCAAUGACCAGCUCUUUGGCACUGGCACCAAGAAGCUGCAGUCUGGUGAUGAGGCUUCGAGCUGCUGGAAGUGUCUCACAGGCAAGUUGCAUAACGUGGGUGUGUUUGGGGUCUUCAUCUGUGAAAUGGGGUAAUGAUGAUACACCUGCCUUACAGAGCAUCGUCGUGGGGGAUCAGUGAGUUAGCUCACGGCAAGCCCUCGCGUUGAGCGCUCAAUCUAUUUUAGGGGUUCUCAUGAAUAGUGUUUCUAAAAUAUUUGGAAGGUCGGUCCAUUACCGAGAUAAAAAGAAAUUCUGGAAAAACAGAGCUCUUGGAAUGUAAUAUUAUACGAGAGCUCAAGAAGUGGACACAGCCCAAGGAGGAACGAGUUGUGCUCUCUUUUCAAAAGCCAGCAAACCAGUCACCGGGGACUUCACGUCUCACAAGCAGCUUUUCAUGCCUUUAUUAAUCUGUUUAUUUGGCUUAGCAAAUCAGAGGAACCCGACUUCGUAUUAUUAAGAACCCUCUGGUUGGUUAUGAGUGUUUCUAAGUAGUUCUCUAAACUCGGGUCAGACCCAAUGACCCAUCUGGCCAAAGGCCAGAUUUCCAAAGCACAGCUUCAAGGAUCUCUGUCUUGGGCUGAUUUAUGGGCCCCGUGAACUAUUUUAGUUGUAUAGGGAAUAUGGAAUUGGUGGCUGGUAGAGAGGAGGGGACAAACCUCCUUUCCUCCAACCCAUCUCAGGUUCAUUGGCAGGGAAAUUAGACUCACCAAAGACAUCGGCAAGAGGAAAGCAAACACAAGGUUAUUGACACACGCAUCAUGCAGACACGCAGAUACGAGUAACGCAAAGGGAUGGUUAGAGCUUGGGCUCAUUUUAAUAGUUUCACAAAAGAACAAUGAAUUUUUAGAGAUGGGACAAGGCGAAGGAAAAGGACUUUGAGCUCCCAGGGGUGGUAAACCGUGAGGAGGCAAAUAUGGGAAAACUCACAGUAACUAAGGGCUAGUUUGAGCCAGGUUUGUUGUGUAGAUCUUCUGGUGCCCCCUCUGAGCCGAUGAGGGCCUAGAGUUGUCUGCAGUGGUUAACUGCUGUCUGAGCUGGUAGAGAGGAGAGACAGGAAACCUUUGCAAAUGUUAUGUCCUGCUUUUAGGCAAAUCGGGGAGGGCAGAGAGCUUUUCUUGUAUCUGCUUCUUCUCAACAGCCUUUAGCUCAAAAUAAUCCUUGUGCCACAGUGACCUACUUAGGGAUGGCAUGCUCUGCCCCCCUUCAGUGAGCUGAUCAGUACUUUGUUUUUUGGGGUUUUUUUUGUUUGUUUGUUUGUUUUUUGUUUUUUUUUUUUGUUAACUUGAAACUUGUGCUAAGACUGGUCACUGGAGCUGAAAGUGUUCACCCUUUUCUAAUCUGCUCAAGAGGGUGAAAAGACAUCUCUGUGAUCACAAGUACCUAGAGCCUGGUUCCUUUAAAGAAUUUAUUUCAACUACAUUGUGUAGACCCAAUUUUUAAAAUACCUCAUCUACAAAUGCCAAGUUUACAAAACGAUGACUAAGCGGGUGAUCAUUGAAAAAACUCAAAGAAUCUGUCCUCCUGUUGAUCAGGACUAACUCCUCUGGAACGCCUCUGGUUAUGGAGUUUCCCUUGUGGUGCAGUGGGUUAAGGAUCCACCUGGCAUUGUCUCUGAGGCGGCUUGGGUCGCUGCUGGGACAUGGGUUGGAUCCCUGGCCCAGGAACUUCCAUGUGCUGCAAAUGUGGCCAAAAAAAAAAAAAAGAAGAAGACAGAGAGACGGAUAUACACCAUGUUUAGGAAAUGCAUCUUUUGAUUACAGCAAAGUGCACCAAACACUUUACAAAGAUGCUCUUUUAAAAAGGACACACCAUUCAGGCCAGCAUUGAGCAUCUUUGGUUAUUCAUCUAUCCCUUUGCCAACCAAAGAAGAAAAACAAGUGAACAGAGUUUUGCAAAAAGACACAACAUUACGACUGCACGUUUCACGCUGCUAGUCUCAAUCCAUGUGGCAUAUAAACGAUGACUUGAUGUAGAGGGUUCUUUAUCUGAGAACCUUACAGGUUCAGCUCAAUGUAUUGCCUUUUACAAACUAGAAAACAGCCAUGAGGGACACGGGGCUUAAAAUGCAGCCUGUUUUACUGUUACCCGAUGCGGAAGAUCGCCCUCCGCUACACCUACUCUUUGUUUUAAAGAUCCCUUUAGAAUUCAGUUGUACCAACAGAGAAGCGGGGGAGGGUGAGAAGGGCGCAGGUGCAGAAUAGUUGAGAGAGGCUGCUCAGGCCGGUGCAUUCCUUUCCUCAAGCGAAACCCUAGCUCCUACCCUUUCUAAAGGGGGCAGCACGCUGAGUGCUGGGGUGGUCGGAUGUCCUUGAUUUCCUAGGAAGACCAGAUUCAGUCCAGGCUUUCUUUUCUCUCCUUGCCCCACCCCCCGCUCGCUGCCCGCACGUCUUACCCGCCCCCUUUCCACGGAGGACGGUCACAGAGCGCAGCCUGUCCUCCGAGAAUCCAGGGCCGGUGGCAGAGCGGGGCGCACGCAAUUUCCAUCAGCUGUGACCCCCGCCCACUGCCCUCCGUCCGGUGCCUUCUCCCCCUCCCCACGCCCCGGCUCCUCUGUGCGCAUAGGUGGGCCUUAAAGAACACAGCUUGAACUUGUCUGCUUAUUCGCAUGCAGUCUUCCAGGUGUCCCCGUGCCUUUUUUUCUGGUUGCAAAAGUCACACGGGUUCGUCAUCACCUAAAGUCCCAGAUUACAGACACGCAUGUCCUUUAGAACAUACCACGCCUCCCCUCCAAACUGCACCCUUUCCUUUUCACCCAGAGCAAAGGCCAAGCGUUCACGGGCCUGUGGAUUUGCGCGCCCUCGCCCGCUUUGAUCAGGGGCCUCCAGGUCUGCCCUCGUUCCCCGCGCUCCUGCGGCCACCGUCCAGCGACCGCACGUCGGGGCCUUUGCAGCAGCUCUUCCUCUGCGGCUGUGCUCACGCCGGACACGGCGGGCCUUCGAUCUUGGUCCGCGCGGGCUGCCCGAACACAACACACACACUGGGCAGCUUCAACGUCUGUGUGCUCACGGUUCUGGAGCGCGGACGUGCCCUUCAGGGCUCUGGCCAGCUUGGUUUCUGGUGAGCGCCCUUCCUGGCUUGGAGUCAACCACCAUCUCCUCUGUCCUCACACGGCCUUUCCUCGGGGCAAUGUCCCAACCUCCUUUAACCUCGGUGACUGCCUCAGAGGCCCUGGCUUCGAGUACAGCCCCACAGGCUCUGGCUUCAACAUGGGGAUUUGAGGGGAGGGACCCAAAGCUUCAGGCCACAGCAGCCUCCUUCUCCCUCAUUCCAUCGCCCAGCUCCGUGGGCCAGCAGGGGUCACUGGGGCUUAUCCUGGGCUCUAAUUAUCUGGUGGCUCCCCUGGGACCAGAGCCUGGAUGCUUGCGUCACCUGCGUGGUGGGGCCUCAGCGCUGCUGAUGGCAGGUCGCUCUGGUCGUGGGUGUCUUACUCUUUCAGAGUCUGGCCUGCGCCUCCUCACACAAUAGUGUGACUGUUUCAAAAGGGCAAAAGGGAGCCCCCGGGCUCCUCAGGGCAUGGGAUCCUGCAAGGCAAGUCAGAAAAGCAGUGUCCGUUGACAGGAGAUGGGGCCUCAGGACAGAACGAUUUGUCAGGAGUCACGGCUGUCACAAUCUGUCACUCACGGGAUCCUUUCUAAGACGGCAACUUCACUCUUAACUUUUCUUUUUUUUUUUGAUUAUCCUUGGCUAACAAACUACAAAUUCUGCACAAAAUGUGUUUAUUCAUGAAUCUAUCUCUACCACCGAGAAGAGAACCUAGAAUGGUGGGUGUUCAAUAAAUAUUUGUUAAGUAACAAAACAUUGAUUUUAAAAUAUUUUCCAGAACCCUUCGUCCUUAGGAUUUCUAUCACUUUGGUCACACCUUUACUGUUAAAAAGUGCUUUUCAGGAGUUCCUGUUACGGCUCAGCGGGUUAAGAAUCUGACUAGCGUCCAUGAGGUUGCAGGUUCAAUCCCUGGCCUUGCUCAGUGGGUGAAGGAUCUGGCGUUGCCCUGAGCUGUGGUGUAGGUCACAGACGCAGCUCAGAUCUGAUGUUGCUGUGGCUGUGGUGUAGGCUGGCAGCUGCAGCUCUGAUUCACCCCCUAGCCUGGGAACCUCCAUAUGCCACACCCGUGGCCUUAAAAAAGAAAAAAAAAAAUUGCUUUUCCAUAAAGUCAUGCCAGCUUACUUUUCCCAACACCCUCAGGAAGCAGGCAGAAUAAGUAUCAUUGCUCCCACUUUAUAGGUGAGGAAACGGAGGCUGAGGCAGGAAGAGGACUUGCCCAGGGUCACACGCCUGAAAAGAAGAGAGCUUCCGACUUUCUGUCCCAGGCUCUCUAUCAGCCAUCGUGCAAUCUUCCAGGUGAAAUGCACCUUCUGCCCUGUGCUCGGGGAGCUCUGUAAAUGAUUUGGGUGCUCCAGCUGGCUCCAGGCCACAGGGCCAAGCGUUAUCUUUCUGCAGUCUCCUCCACAGAGGUCAACAUGUAAACUUCUCCUGGAGAUCCAGAAUCAACACGCGCUCGCUGAAAGGGGAGGGGUCAGGACCUGUCUUCAGGGACCUUGCCCUGGACACUGUUUGUGCAAAAGCUGAACUUCAAAGCCUCGCGUCCAACCCGUGGUUGCCAGGUUGUUCUGGUCUGGAUACGCCUUGGUUGGGGCAGAAAAUACCCCCCUCUCCAGCUUUGAGCAGCAGUUCCACUCAGAGAAGGCUGGUUAAAGAGUGAAUCUUGGUAUCACAGGGAAGUGAAGCCAGAUGGAGGGAGAAAGCAACUCUGUUCAUUCAAAAUACGUUGUGAUGCUUUUAGGAAGGCUUGUCCCCUUUUGGAAAAGCCUCUUGAGAUAUUGCUUGCUGACCUGACCGGAGCGAGGAGCAAGUUAGAGGGUAAAGACAGCCUGUUUAAAAUAGGAAGUUUUAGGAGUUCCCGUCGUGGUGCAGUGGUUAAUGAAUCCGACUAGGAACCAUGAGGUUGUGGGUUCGAUCCCUGGCCGUGCUCAGUGGGUUAAGGAUCUGGCAUUGCUGUGACUGUGGUGUAGGCCAGCGGCUUCAGCCCCAAUUAGACCCUCUAGCCUGGGAACCUCCAUGUGUCCGGGGAGCGGCCCUAGAAAAGACCAAAAAAAAAGGGAAGUUUUAUGCUUUCUGUCUCAUCUCUUUUUUGCGACUUGUCAUGCAUGGUGUUUUUGAUUUCUUAUUUGAUGUCCUUCUAAGUGAACCUAAUAUUUUAGAUUAUUAGAUUAAAUAUCACCAGUCAUCCUUACAUUGUGCAAUGCCCAUUUUAAAUGCAAAUAUAAGAGCAUUAUGCGAAUGUGCAGAGCAGUGAAAUCACAGUUUGUAUUUGUAGCUCAAACAUGCAUACAGAUUUUGUUGUUACCGAAACAGCAGAAAUGCUGGAUGAAGUCAACGCAACUGUUUUUAGCUUCGCGUGUUGAUGUGCCCUCAUUCUCCCAACACUCUGCCUUUGGUUCACUGAUGAGGGAGCGAAGACUUGAAAGGAGAAGAAAUCUAGGGUUGCCCUCUUUCCCUUUCUUUCUUUGUCAUUAUUUUUGGACUUAGUGGUUGUUGGCUAAUUCAGAAGUAACAGGAAUGAGAAAGGCUCUAGUAGGGCUCCUUAGUCAAUGGUUAAAUACCAUUUCCACUUAGAGCACCGUUCUUCUGCAUUCAAAUCAAGUUCUGGUCCACAGAGCAAGGUCUCUCAGUGCUGUGAGCGCCCCGCCCCAGCAGAUGGAAUUCACUCACUUGUUCCUGGCUGGAGUCGAACUGAGCUCCCGGGCGUCAUGGGCAACGUGGGAGUUCUGUGCUCAUGGAACAAUCAAGAAUGUUAUAUGCAAAUGGAACAGCAAGAAAGAGUGGACACUCAUCCUCUAUCUCUCUCCUCUUCUCACACACAUGCUCCCUUGUCUCAUCAGUGUAACUGUGAAAUCCAAGUUUAAAGAUGAAAUGAUUAAAGAUUUCAGAAGGGCAACAGCAAAGCAUUAUAUCAAGUGUGCUGUGACUAUGCAGAUCUCCAGGUUUGGUUGGUUGGUUGUUUUUCUUUUUAGGGCCCAGCACUCAGCAUAUGGAAGUUCCCAGGCUAGGGGUCGAAUCAGAGCUAGAGCUGCCAGCCUACACCACAGCUCACAGCAACACUGGAUCCUUCACCCACUGAGUGAGGCCAGGGACUGAACCCGCAACCUCAAGGAUACUAGCCUGGCGGGUAACGCCCGGAGCCACAACGGGAACUCCUACUUGUCCUUUUAAUGGCUCCUCAUUGGUAAUGUAUUCCAGGCAGUAUGGUAUAGGGAAUAUAAAGCUUCAGUCCUUAGACUCUUACAAGCUCUGGCAAGUGAGCAACUGGCAUGGUUCUCACCAUGUUAGGAGCCAGAUGUGGUAGCUUUGCCUUGGCCUUGGUGAGCCUGUCCUCUGCCCUCCUUUGCAAUGGCAUUUCAUUCAUUAGCGUUUCUUCGUUCAAGGCCAGAUUCUCUCUAUCUUUCCUUCCGCCUUCCUUCCUUUCUUCAUCCCUUCCUUAAACUCAAUUAGGGUGUUACAAGUAAUUUGUGCCAAAACAAUUGAUUUGACUCCUAAUUUUUCUGGCUGGCAAUUAGUUGAGAAAAAACCAGAUAAGCAGAAAACAGAAACUUGCUCUGUUCUGCCAUCUAUUUUUGUCUUUUUAGGGCCACACCGGUGGCAUAUGGAAGUUCCCAGGCUAAGGGUCUACAGCUCGCAGCAAUGCUGGAUGCUUAUCCCACUGAGUGAGCCAGGGAUCAAACCCACGUCUGCAUGGGUACUAGUUGGGUUUGUAACUGCUGAGCCACAAUGGGAACUCCAGAUGUGUAUUUUAAUAUUGAUUCAUCUAUCAGAUGUCUGUUGAUGAAAAAAGCCUCGGUGGUAAAACAGUAUGGACAAUAUAAACAAUGUCCUUUUUGGAACCAAACUUGGCAGUGAAACUCAUCCCCAGAUGCCGGGUCGUGGUGAAGGAGAGUGCAGCGUUCAUUGCUGGGCCCCGAGCACGGAGUCCAGGGCCGCUGGUGCUCAAACACCCAAACUGCCCAAUGGGUUUCUGCAAAGCAUUUUUAAAGGGAGGGUGAGGGAGGGGCCUCCCAGGUUUGCGAUCUGCUUGUGUGCAGUUUUCUGAUUUGGCUGAUGGUGAAGUAACAGGGUUAAUAUUAUCAGUCCUUAGGUGCCAGUAUGACUGGGAGCUCCACACCAGUGGUUAUCAAGUAGUUAAUUUCUCCCAUUGGGUGGGGGGGUCAGCAUCGUUAAAACUACUCAGGGAAUGCGCCUCAGGUACCUGUCUAGGUACUUUGGAGAGGAGCUAGAGCAGAGGGUGGGGGGGGGGGGGCUGUCCUUGGAAGUCCCCUUAGGGUCCUGCUCAGUUACAUUUCCUGCUCUCAGAGAGCUUACACAUUCAUGGGGAAAAAACAAUACAUAAAUUAUUUAACAAAUAAGUUCCA